CAACUAGACUCGCCGAUUGCGGCUCUGGUAAAACGCACCGCCGAAAGAAACAACCACCGGAAGUCCGGAACCUCACACCGUCCCCAACAAUGAGAGCCAUCGCCGCAGCGGCAGCUAAAGCUAUACUUUUUUCUGGAAGACGUUAUUCUCACUCGUUUUCUUCAAUUCGUGGCUACUCUAUCAUGAUCUCGACACACCUCAACAACACCACUGUAACUCAUUCUCAGUCGUCCCCUUACUCCGCCGACCGCUGUUCUCCGUCUCGCCAACUUCUUGCCUUCCCAUGGUCCGUCAAUCAGAUCCGAUUCGCCAAAGCUCGCGGCUCCGAUGUGAGACCAGGAAAUGUCAUUGAAAGGAAAGGAAAAGUUUACCAAGUUGUGAAAGCUCAACAUUCUACUCAAGGAAGAGGAGGUGCUAUCAUACAGGUUGAGCUUCGUGAUGUUGAUAGUGGAAACAAAGUCAAUGAAAGAUUUCGUACAGAUGAAACAGUUGAAAAAAUAUUUGUUGAAGCCAAAUCUUUCACAUACCUAUACACAGAUGAAGAAACUGACAGCAUUGUGUUAAUGGAGCCUAAAACUUUUGUCCAAUUAGAUGUGCCCAAACAUCUAUUUGGCGACUCUCUUCCAUAUUUAAAAGAUGAUAUCACAGUUUCUGUGGAACUUUUUAAUGAUAGGCCUAUGUCAGCAUCCGUACCUAAACGAGUGACAUGUACUGUGGUGGAAGCACAAGUUCCUAUGAAGGGCAUGGGAGCUACCCCUCAUACUAAAAAGGUGUUACUGGACAAUGGCCUCAGUGUACAAGUGCCACCUCAUGUUAUAACAGGGGACAAGAUACUUGUUGACACCACAGACAACUCAUAUAUAAGCAGGGCUUGAGCAUUGGCAUUGAGAAAAAAGUUGGAAGUAUUUUUGUAGUGAAAUUUGUUUAAUAAGCAUGCAAGUGUUUUUGUGGUAGAGUUGAUAUUUGUUACCACAAUGCAUAGAUAUUUAAUAGACAUUUUUCUUUUGUUAUUUGUUGUUUUGAGUUAUUUCAUUGAAAUGAAAACAUAGGGAACUAUAUCACU